UACUACCACGGUUCUACUAUUUGCACCUUAAGCAUCUCAAACAUUUUAGGAAUCAGUCAAGACCCCCGCUAUUUUCGGGCAAUGGCUAGGACGGUGGCGCGUGCUAUUCACUGCGAGCUCGGUGCUCAGAAGCCUGCAGUCUUGAGAAAAGAACCCGCAAUUUCGGUUCAGGUUCCGGCAGCUGCUUCUAAAAUUAAGGUAGCUGCAGGUGCAGGUGAACAGGAUUUUAACGAGAAGAUUAUGUUGCAACCGAGGUUGUGUACCCUGAGAUCGUACGGUGAAGAUCGGGUUGCGGUUGUGAAGAAUAGAAAGGACGGUGGUGACGGUGUAUCGCCGUUCUUUGAGACUUUAUCGGAGUAUAUUGAAAGCUCUAAAAAGAGUCACGAUUUCGAGAUCAUUUCUGGCCGUCUAGCAAUGAUUGUGUUUGCUGCAACUGUUGGAACGGAGUUUGUGACUGGAAACUCUGUAUUCAGGAAGAUGGAUGUACAAGGGAUUGCUGAAGCAGCUGGCGUGUGCUUAGGCGCUGUGACUUGCGCCGCGGUUUUCGCCUGGUUCUCUAGCGCUCGCAAUAGAGUAGGCCGUAUAUUCACUACGAGUUGCAAUACAUUUAUUGAUUUGCUAAUUGAUGAGAUUGUUGAUGGCCUGUUCUACGAAGGAGAGAACAGUGACUAUUCUGAUGAUAUAUGAGAAAAAGCAAGGCAUCCGAGGAGUUGGGUUCCCAUUUUGAUCACCGGUAUGUAUAUGUAUAUAUAUAUAUAUAAAGAAUAAACCUAACUAGAAUUACAGAUUGUGCUUAGAGCUAUUGCUCAUGUUAUGAAUCAUGUGGAACCACCAUGCUUGUAGCCUGGUGGCGAGGGGGCGUUUGUGUCCUAGGGUGGGUGUCGACCCACUUUUUCCCUCUCCAAAACUAUGUAAUUGUUGAAAAGAAAAUAGAACAAUGAUCAUGUGGGUUGUAGGGCAUGUAUGUAACACAAAUAGAGGGGUUUAUAAGCAUUUUUAGAUUUCAGUGAAUAUUAAUAUAACUCCAGUCCAAUCUUUUGUAUAAUCAAAACUAUAAUCUAUACUUGAGUGAAAUUUAUAAUUUAAUAUUUUA